AUGCCUUCUAUCUCGAAAAUUCGUCAGACAAACGCUGCUGCCCUUUCGGCGAAGCAGUAUAUUCCUACAGUGGUGUUCGUUGGAGGAACAUCCGGAAUUGGAGAAGGAAUGGCAGAGGCUUUCGCUAAACACACCCAAGGGAAUGCUCAUAUCAUCCUCGUCGGUCGAAAUCGUGCCGCGGCAGAGAGCAUCAUUUCACGCUUCCCCAAGCCAACCUCGCCCGACGCCAAACACGAGUUUGUACAAUGCGAUAUCGCUCUCAUGCGGAAUAUCCGCAAUGCAUCUGCAGAAAUUCACUCCAAGCUCCCAAAACUCAACUAUCUCGCGAUGAGUCCCGGCUUCAUGACUACCAGUGGCAGGAACGAGACCGAGGAAGGGAUAGAUAGGAAAUUGGCGGUCCAUUAUUAUUCGCGUUGGAUGUUCACAAAGGAGCUUAUCAGCCUACUUGAGAAAGCCCAGGAACAGGGAGAAGACGCCAAAGUAUUCACUGUCCUUGCCGCAGGAGCUGGUGGACCUAUCGACGUGAACGAUCUCGGGUUGAAGAAAACUUAUUCACUCAAGAAUGCUGCUUUGCAAGCACCGACGUAUAACGAUCUUAUGACCGAGGAAUUCGCUGCUCGUCAUCCCACUAUCACGUUUGCCCAUGCGAUUCCCGGUGCUGUCCGCACAAAUCUGUUUUCAGCCGCAGAGGUCUCAACUUUCACUAAGAAGGCCAUGGGAUUUUCCAUGACCAUGUUCGGCUUUCUGUUAACGUCCAUAGAGGAUUGUGGAGAGUACAUGCUCAAUGGUAUGCUGAACGUAGCGAGCGCUCCUGGAGCAUGGAGGAUUGAUUCGCACGGCGAAGAUCUCGCUAAGAGACGCUAUUAUGGCUCUGAGGAAGAGAGAAAAAAACUCUGGGAGCAUACUGUCGAGGCUACGAGGGAAAAAGCUUAG